AUGUCUGGUGUUAGUGAGGACGCUGGGCAUACCUUAGUGCACUUCUUAUACACAGGCGGCUACGAGACUCUUGACGAAGACACAUUAGAUCUCGCCAGAGAAUACAAGACCAGCGUUUUAGUAUACCAUGCGUCAAGGAAUUGGGGCCUUACUGGUCUUGAAGUUCUUGCUCAGCAAAAGAUGCAGCACUUAGAUAAGGAGCUUCCUAUUCUUGAAAUACUGCGGGUCACGAGGGACGUGUUUUCAAGCCUCCCCGAAGGUGAAACUUGGCUUCCAGGUUACAUUCAAGGAAACCUGCAGCGAUUAGUAAAGCCGCAUGAUCCAGAGCUUGGUUUACGCGGAUUUUACGAUAUUAUCGGCCAAGACCAUCGGUUUGAUAAUGCGGUGAUGAAAAUGAUUUUCGAGAUACUAUCUAUUCACAUAUCUUACAUGGAAUAUCAGCACGUGAGGACACCGAACGACAUCAUCUCAAAUGAAUCUCCUGUUCCCGAAGAGCCUGAGGCUGUCCCUGAGCCCGAGUAUGCCUUCGAGCCUGAGCCUGAGCCUCCUGAGCCUUGGCCCGAAGAUCCUGAGCCUGCCCCCGAGCCCGAGCCUGCGGCUGUCCUCAACGAGCUCCCUGAUGAAGGGGAUAGCGAACUUCGGACCUUUUCCCGAGUGCCUGUUGAUGCUGACGGCGGGCCGUGUGCUUCUUUGUUGCCCAGAGAUACGCCCAAUGCCGAAAUAUUACAAGAGGCUCCUGUUAAGGACAACAUAGCGAGGAUCUCAUGCUCGGACUUAAAUCUGUACGAAAAUUGGGGAAAUUUGUCUUCAAAGAAAAGAACUAAACGGGUUAGCAAACUGAGGUCUAGAGGACUUCCUGUCCCAAGCCAGGCUGGUUUCAUUUCAAUAGUUGCAAAUUGA